UUUCGCAACGGCCCUAGCCAUCUUUCAACGGCGCGAUGUCGGAUCUAGCAUCGAGAAUAUUAGACCUAGGAACAAGGCUCAACCAAGUUACCCACAUCUUAUCGCAGGUUUUGUUCCCCGCCAAAAAAAAGAGAACUCGAAAUCGACGGCAUGCCGAAAGCUCUACCUUAACGCCUAGCUGGGCUGAUGAGGUGAAGAAACUGCUUCAGAUAUCGGCCGAUCUGCAAGAUGUCAUAAGAGAGGUUUCCCGCUCGUCUCCCCAGAGCAUAGACCUGGUACACAGAUCACCUCCAGCGGCCGGCCCUUCUGAAGAUGUCUUUUUGCAGCCAAGCUUUCUGCCCGCCCCUCAAGAACAGCAAAACAUUGGUCCAUGUCAACCGCAAUUACCCACUCAAGCAGUGCAAGCGCUAGGCCAGCAAGCCCAGUCUACCACUUCGAGCGAAGAGCGAGAAAACGGUCCGUGCUCAUCAGCGGAAAGCGCCCCGACCGCAACGACGUCGAUGCUGCUUACGAGCGUUCCGUCCGACAUUGAACCAACGUCCCUAUUGUCUACUGAGAGUUCGGAACAAGUACAUGAAGCGGCCCCGAGUACGAACUCUGUCAUUCAACCCUCGUCGCCUUUAGCCCAACCGAAGUUCAGCUUGACGACUGAUGAGAUGGGACCAGAUCUCGUCGCAAAAAUCGCACAAAUGGUCCCUGACAGCAACUUCAACGGCCUCAUUAGGGUCAAAGACCUGGCACCAGUCGACUGGAAUUGCUUAGUAGAAAGAACCUGUCCGCCACAGUAUCGGGACCAGCUUGCGAAUGAGUACUCUCCUGAUCCAACUAUGACAGGAUGUUCGCGUCUGAGGGUGUCAAGGUCGGCAAACUUCAGAUUUCCGAAAUUCUCGAUAACGCCACCGAAACCUUCGGAUGAAGAGGUCUGGAAUUACCUGGACAGGCUAGCCCAUGCUCCUCCAAGAGGGCAGAUACCAUAUUACGUCGGGCCGCCACUGACAUCCGACUUCGACUUGUUGCUUCAUCCAGGGUCAGAGCUCUCAGAGUUCACAGAUAUAGAAGGCGUAAACUCUCCAUACUGGCAUGUUGGCGAGGGAGGAUCAGGCACGGCUAAUCACAGAGAAGAUGCGGAUCUGCGGUCAGCCAACAUAGUCGUUUUCGGGUGGAAGCUAUGGAUCCUCAUCCGGGAUUAUCAUACCGCUCGCUUCGAAGAGUUUGUCAAGCGACACUGGAGGACCAACCGUUGCGCGCAGUUCGUCCGUCACCUUUCGCUAUUCAUCAGUCCUACGACUCUCAGGGAGGCGCGAAUCGAUUUCACCAUCCACUGCGCUGGACCGGGGGACAUGGUCGUCACAAGCCCGGGCCAGUACCAUUUGGUUGCGAACUUCUCUACCUGCUUCGCUGUGGCAAUAAACUUCUUGCUCCCAGGAGAAACAGUUAUUCCAGCGAACCUUGCCGUCUGUAGGCAAUGCGGGCUGUUCCCACUAAACCACGAUCACGCAGGACUUCGAGCUGUCUCCUGCCCGCUGACCGACAACGAUACAGAGCAGCCAGCAGUAACAGAGUCGCCGGAUAUCAGCGUCGUAGAAGGGACAAUGUUGCAGCCGAAUCAGAGACAGCACGAGCUGCGGCCGAUGACGAAACGGGUCAAGAAGACAGCAGCGUUACGACCACAGAAAAGACCCAAGAACCACUCGAUCCCGACACCGGUCAACCAUGAGCUGAAAGAGGCCGCGGAACAGGUCAAGGAAGUAGACCCGCUGUGCAAAAUUCCUUCUUUUGGGGCAAAGUCUCUUAGCAUCGAGGUCUUCAAACUGGCCGCUGUAAUCUACAGUCGGCGGACCAUUAGCCAGUUUUGCUCCCUUGUUCGCAGCAGAAGAGACAUCAGAACUCGAACCAACUUCUCCAGAGACGUUUUCACGCGCAUUGGGCAACGUCUCAGCAACAUCAGCCAAUCCGAACGGAGGUAUCAUCUUGAGCUCCUCUGCGCUCGACUGGAGUUGUCCUACUUUGCGCAAGACAUCGAAGAUUCAAAACAAGGUCGCACUAGGGCCGACCCGAAGUUCAUCAAAGAAUUCCUAAAACAAACCAAACUUACAAGGGACACGUUUGAAAGACUCCGCGCCAAGGGAAACAAAUGGAAUCGUCUCUGCAAGGAAUACAAUGGGCUGCUGUGCCUUAUUGUCCUCGACGGCAAAAACCCUUUCUGCAUAAGCCCACAAAACUAUCUCGAUCUAAAAGAAGCAGAAGUGCCCAUAUUCGAAGACCUCCUCAACGACCUCUACAUCAAAUCACUUUGCUCGGCCGCAAACGCCUUUCAACAGUCCCUCGACUGCACGUCCUACGACACCGAGUUCUGUUGGGAAGCCGAAACCCAACCUAUCGCAGAGCUCCCGGAAGAAAAGUUGCUCGAGCUUCUACAACCAUUUCCUUUAGCCCCGCAGAACAUCUAUGACCAAGACAAGUACGACUGGCCACGCCCUCCGAGUUGGCCAGAGGAGUGGCCAUGGCCGGUCGAUCCGACAGCUGUCUUGGGAGCAGAAGAAACGAAAUGUGACUUCUGCGAUGAGGAGAGUUGCAACUGCAUCAUACACAAGGGUUCCGAACACAAACCUCGUAUCAAGUACUAUGGGGAGAAGGGCCGGGGGCUACAGGCAGUUGCGUGCAAUCCAGGAGAAGUAGCAUAUCAGAAAGGCGAUCUCGUCGGUUUUAUUACAGGGAUCAUCGUUCCGCGGGGUACCUACGACGACAGCUGGACGGUGGAUUUUGUUCGUCCAGACCUACCUUACGAGCCCGUGGUCUGUCAGAUUCGUUGCGCUGAAGCAGGUAACUGCUUCCGGUUGCUGAACCACUCUUGCGCUCCAUCCGCGCGUUGUGUACAGAUGAAAGCGAGUGGGAGGUAUGUGACAGCAGUCAAGGCAACGAGAGAGAUUUACGAUGGCGCAGAGAUCACCAUUUGCUAUGGUUAUAAGACGGACUGGAUUGAGAACGAAUGUCUUUGCGAGGCACAUCCGAAGUGAGACUUGUCGUGCACGGGCCACAGUCUGCACUUGAUGCGGACUGUGGCCCGUGCACACCAGACGACCUGGGGACUACUUUCUGGCAAGGCUUAAUAUGAGGUUAGGUAUACAGAACAUAAGCCGGC